CCUCUUCUAGAAGACUGUUUUUUCACUUUUUUUUUCAUUGGCCACUAAACACACUCUAAAACUCGAGUGCCUCUGAGCUUAUCCUUUGUUCCACUUAAUUACUGUAGUACAUUUGUACUUUCCCCCUGCUUUACCUAGGUUUCACUUCUGUUGUGAACACCCAGCAGAGAAGAUCUCGCUCUCCAACUCUGCAACUGGCUUUGGACUGCUCUAGACGUCUCAACAAUGCAACAAACACCGCCAGUGGUCAUCAUGACUCAGCCCCAGAGGGGGGGUAUCUAUCCUCAGAGCUCCAACUGGCAGACGGGUCUUCUAGACUGUUGCAGUGACUGUGGAGUCUGCCUCUGUGGGAUCUUCUGUACUGUCUGCCUGUCUUGCCAAGUGGCUUCUGACAUGAACGAAUGCUGUUUGUGUGGAACAAGCGUGGCCAUGAGGACCCUCUACCGGACCAGAUACGGCAUCCCUGGAUCUAUUUGCAAUGACUGGAUGGCGACUGUGUUCUGUCUUACAUGUUCUCUUUGCCAAAUUAAGAGAGAUAUUAACAGGAGAAAGGAAAUGAAUGCUUUCUGAAUAAGCUAACGAUGAAGUUUGUUAAUGAAGAAACAACUGAAAAAAUUAUUUCUUUAGGUAUUCCUCUAAUUCUUGCUCCUAAAUUGCUACAUGCCAAAAAGAUGUUUAAUCAAAAUGGAGUGCCAUGGAAGUGAAGCUCUUCUUUAUUUCUAAGACCUCUUCCCAGAAGACUUUAACCUGCAACUUACUGUAAUUCUUAUAAUAAUUCUUGAUUUGUAACAUGUGGCUUGACCUUUUUGAAUGUAAAACAAAUAAAGAAUAUUCAGAGUAA